AUGUCUCGAAGGGCUAAUCACAAAGACUUCAGUGUUCCGUGCUCAGCAAGUUUUCACUCUUUGCUUUUUAUUUUCUCUUCAUACGUGUUCACAGUUGCUCUCAAUUCGGGUGUGAAACAUAAGAAGAUGUCGGAGUUGCAAUGCGAUCGUGACAAGGUUUUGAAGGAAGUGUUUGGACACAUCAAAUUUAAAAGUUCACUUCAAAAGAAAGCUGUCAACUGCAUUUUACUGACAUGUCUAGGAAAGUCUGAUGUGUAUGUUUCCUUACCAACGGGAGCAGGAAAGUCUCUGUGUUACCAGCUUCCAACCGUUGUUCACAAUGGAAUUGCCGUUGUCAUUUCUCCUUUGAUAGCGUUGAUCACUGACCAAAUUACUGCUUUGAGGGCAAAAGGUGUUCCGAGCGAAUCAUUGAAUUCCAAACUAUCUUCUGAAGAACGAUCGCGGAUCAUAGAGGACCUUCGUAAAAAGAUUCCGAUUGUGAAAUUGCUUUAUAUCACUCCUGAAGCAGCUGCUACGGAUAACAUGAAAAGAAUUCUGACUUCUCUACACAAACGAAAUCUAUUAAGCUACAUUGUUGUUGACGAAGCCCAUUGUGUUACUUACUGGGGUCACGACUUCCGCCCUGACUAUCUGAAAUUGAGUGCUUUAAGGGAAAUUUGUCCGGAUGUCCCAUGGGUUGCACUAACUGCUACCGCCAAUGCGAAAGCUCAAGAAGAUAUCGUUACACAGUUACGGCUGAAACGUGUGGAAAUAUUCAAAGCAUCCACGUUUCGUGGAAAUCUCUACUAUGACGUGCACAUGAAAGAUAAUCUCAACAUGACUGGGAUAAUCUACUGUCGAACUCGCGACGAAUGCGACCAGUUAGCACAGAUGUUAACGUUCGCAAAUAUUCGCUGCCUCUCGUAUCACGCUGGCUUAUCAAAUAAGAUGCGUGACGACGUCCAGAAUAAGUGGAUGAAAAAUGAGGUUCCUGUUAUUGCAGCCACUAUAGCAUUUGGUAUGGGUAUUGACAAGCCGGAUGUUAGAUUUGUUGUGCACUGGACAUGUCCUCCAAAUCUAGCUGCUUAUUAUCAAGAAUCCGGAAGAGCUGGGCGAGACGGUCAACGUAGUUAUUGUAGAAUUUAUUAUAGUCAGCCAGAUAAAGAAUUUCUUCAUUUUCUGGUCAGAAGAGAGCUAUCUCUAUUGAAGGCUAAGAAGAUAAGCGAAACUGCGCGGAAGCAACAAGCAGCAGCGAUGCAGUUUGGAUUGGAGAAGAUGGUCGACUAUGCAGAAAAAGCGCAAUGUCGUCAUAUCAGCUUUGCUAAAUAUUUCGGUGAGAACGAUCUUCCUCCUUGUCGAAAUCAUUGUGAUUUUUGCAAGGACCCAAACGCUACUAUGGCAAGAGCGUCUCAGUUCCAGGUAUCAUCUCAAAAUAAUCUUGUUUCAGUACUGAAAGUGCUCUUCAUUCCCUCACCUUUUUUAUCCAUAUUCAGCAGUCGUGCUCCAGUCGUUCAUCGCAUAAGUCAAGCGCUAGAGGAAAAUUGGCUGCUAUUCGAACGUCCGUGUGAAUGUGUUGAAGCAGCGUCGCUAUUGGAAUGGUCCAUAUACCGAAAUACGAAAUCCGUCACUACCUAUCAACACAAAACUGUUGCAAAGGUUGGUUAA